AUGGGGCCCGGACCUCUGUUCCUGCUGCUCUUGGGGGCCCUGGCCCUGAUGGAGACCUGGGCAGGCCCACACACCCUGAGACAUUUCAGCACCUCAGUGUCUGGACUCGGGAAGUUCCAGCACAUUGGGGUUGGCUACGUGGACGACACGGAGGUCACGUGGUUCGACAGCGACGUCCCAAACCCGAGGGUGCAGCCACGGGUGCCGUGGAAGGAGCAGCCCUGGGUGCAGAUGGAGGAUCCAGAUUUUGGGGAGGAGCAGACGCAGCUCUGCAAGCAGUGUGCACUGGUUUCCCGAGCAAGGAUGAAAAAACUGCGUGCCUACUACAACCAGAGCGAGGAAGGGUUUCACACCUUGCAGGUUACUUUUGGCUGCAUUGUGGGGUCGGACCUGGGCUUCCUCAGCGCCUAUGGUAACACCGCAUACGACGGCACCGAAACCUUCGCCCUGAACUUGGACCUGACUUCCACCACCGAAGCUAACAAGACCACCCAGAUCACCAUUCGGCGCAAUUUGUUGCAUGAAGAGGGCGUGCAGGGAUGGAGGGACUAUCUGGAGUACACGUGUCUACGCUGGCUCCGCUUGUUCCUGAAGAAGGGGAAGAAGACGCUGCUACGAGCAGACCCUACAAAGACACACCUGACCCACCACCCCAUCUCUGACCAUGAGGUCACCCUGAGGUGCUGGGCCCUGGGCUUCUACCCUGCGGACAUCACCCUGACCUGGCAGUGUGAUGGGGAGGACCUGACCCAGGACAUGGAGCUUGUGGAGACCAGGCCUGCAGGGGAUGGGACCUUCCAGAAGUGGGCAGCUGUGGCCGUGCCCCCUGGAGAGGAGCAGAGAUACACGUGCCAUGUGCAGCACCAGGCGCUGCCUGAGCCCCUGAUCCUGAGAUGGGACCCCCCUUCUCAGACCACCAUCACCAUCGUGGGCAUUGCUGCUGCCCUGGGUCUCCUUGGAGCUGCAGCUGCUGGAGCUGUGCUGUGGAGGAGGAAGUGCUCAGGCACAGAGAGGGAGAGCUACACUCAGGCUGCCUUGUGACAGAGCUGCCUUGUAGGGGACUUGAUGCUAAAAUAGUCAUUGCAGCCUCCCCUUGGGACUUUAAGGAUCCCUGACUACUUUUUCUGCAACCCACAUCAGAAUGUG